AUGUAUAAAACUGUACAGCAAUAUAAUGAACUUUUCUUAACACCAUUUUUACAAAAACAAAACCAACAAAGUACAAAUGAUAAACAAAAAAUAUUGAAAGAUAUUCAAAAUAGAUCAAUACAACAAAACUCUCUACAAAUUAAUCAAAAAAUUAAUUCAUCAGAUGUAGAUUCAAAUUUAUCCAAUUCAUCACAUAUUUCUCUUGAUCAAAGUACAGAUAAAAAUGAUAUAAAUCAAAAGAAAACAACGAACAAUAUGAAUCAAUUAACUGAACAUAUUUUAAAUAAUAAAUAUCCUCGACCAAUAAUAUUACUUGAACGUGUAUGUUUCGAAAAAUGA